AUGGCUUCUUUUGACCGUGCUAUCAGUACUGCAGAGCCAAGUGGAAGGCUAAUCAAGGGCCCGUGGAGGCAUGAGGAGGAUGAGAAGCUUGUUAAGCUUGUGAGUGAGUACUCGGCGAAGAACUGGUCGUUCAUUGCAAAGAAGCUGGGCAGCCGUGUGGGAAAGCAAUGCAGAGAAAGGUGGCACAACCACCUGAAUCCACACAUUACAAAGAAGCCAUUCAGUGUAGAGGAGGAGGGGCUGAUUAUUGAGCUGCAUCUGAAAUACGGGAACAGAUGGUCGGAGAUAGCAAAGUAUCUUCCUGGAAGGACGGACAAUGCAAUCAAGAACUACUGGAACUCGUCUAUACAGAGGAGGAGUGAAAAGAUGAGGCAUGGGAGCAUGUUCUGCACGAUUGACGAUUUCCAUAGAAGCCGUGUGGUGGAGAAGAAGUGUAUCGGAGGAGUAAUGGUAUCUGGCAAGGAAGGCGAAAGAGCAAUGAAAACAAAGCGAAGCAGCAGUGUGCAGAAUGUUGCUGGAUACAGCAAAUGCGAUGCGGACGAUGAGGAUGAGUUUGACGAGGCCGAUGAGCUCGCAAGCAGGGCGCUUCUGAGAAUAUGUAUGUCUUUUUAA